GUGAAACCAGCUUAGUCACGUAUGUUCGCUGGCCGGGUACGCAGACUCCGCAAUAAAAAUUCCACCAGCUCGAUUCUCGAGCUAUAACAUUAUAUAACGGACUAAUCUAACCACGUUAACAUUCGCGCCGUUUUGUGAUAGCCGCCGAUUUCAAUUCGCGCGCGGAUCGCGAGUUGACAUUUCCCGCGCUUUUCGGACCGCCAUCUUGUGAGCGGAUUUUUUCAAGUUUCCCGGAAAGGCAGUGACAGUAGGCUGGGUGACCAGCGCGACCCGCGGUGGUACAUCGACUCUACUUACGCCUCCUCCCUCAAGGUCUCCUUAAGACUUCCUACCAGACAGUUUCUAGAAGACUUUUUUCCACCGUUCUACCGCCCAAGUGAUAUAAGGCUACACAUAAUGGCUGAAGUCAAGAUGCCCAGCGGUAACGUCGACAAGCCCGUCAUCGAGGACAACAGGGACGGCACGGUCAGCAUCAGAUACGACCCCAGAGAGGAGGGCAUCCACGAGCUCUACGUCAAAUACAAUGGGGAACACGUACAGGGGUCUCCCUACAAGUUCACCGUGGACUCCAUUGCCUCCGGCUACGUGACCGCCUACGGGCCCGGCCUCAUCAGCGGCGUCAGCGGAGAGCCUAGCCUGUUCACCAUCAGCACCAAGGGUGCCGGCGCUGGUGGGCUGUCUAUGGCUGUGGAGGGACCUAGCAAGGCUGAGAUCACCUGCCACGACAACAAGGACGGAACCGUCGCCGUGUCGUACCUGCCCACAGCGCCUGGGGAGUACAAAGUCUCCAUUCGUUUUGGGGACAAACACAUCAAAGGAUCACCUUUCAUCGCCAAGGUCACUGGUGAGGGUCGCAAGAGGAACCAGAUCUCGGUGGGCAGCUGCAGCGAGGUCACCCUCCCGGGGAAGGUCAGCGACAAUGACAUCCGCAGCCUCAACGCUACUAUUCAGGCGCCAUCAGGCCUGGAAGAACCCUGUUUCCUCAAGCGCUUACCUUCUGGCAACAUCGGCAUCAGCUUCACUCCUCGCGAGGCUGGCCAGCACGUGGUAUCUGUCAAGAAGAUGGGUGUGCACAUCCAGAACUCUCCCUUUACUAUUACUGUCGAGACGCAGGAGGUCGGAGAUGCUAAGAAAGUUCAGGUUUCUGGCACAGCCCUGAAGGAAGGCAAGACACACAGCGAGAACACCUUCUCAGUUGACACCAGGAACGCUGGUUAUGGUGGUCUUUCCCUCUCCAUUGAAGGUCCCAGCAAGGCCGAGAUCCAGUGCGCGGACAGCAAGGACGGCGUGCUGUCCAUCAGCUAUAAACCCACUGAGCCUGGCUACUACAUCGUUAACCUGAAGUUCGCCGACCACCACGUGGAAGGCUCACCAUUCACUGUUAAGGUCACGGGAGAGGGCAGCAACAGACAGAGAGAGAAGAUCCAGAGGCAGCGCGACCCCGCGCCCUUGACGGAGGUCGGCACCAAUUGCAAGCUCACCUUCAAGAUGCCAGGCAUCACCUCCUUCGACCUGGCCGCGACGGUCACCAGCCCUGGAGGCGUGUCCGAAGACGCCGAGAUCCAGGAGGUAGAAGACGGUCUCUACUCCGUCCACUUCGUGCCUAAGGAGCUGGGCGUCCACACCGUCUCCGUCAAGUAUAGGGAGAUCCAUAUCCCUGGAUCUCCCUUCCAGUUCACCGUGGGUCCUCUCAGGGACUCCGGGGCUCACUUAGUCAAAGCUGGCGGUAGCGGCCUCGAGAGAGGCGAAGCCGGGCGCUUCAACGAGUUCAACGUAUGGACUCGCGAGGCUGGAGCUGGCCAGCUCGCCAUCUCCCUUGAAGGGCCCAGCAAGGCUGAAAUUGACUUUAAGGACAGGAAGGACGGUUCCUGCGACGUGUCGUACAAGGUUGAUGAGCCUGGUGAAUACCGCAUCGGCCUCAAAUUCAACGAGCAGCACAUCCCAGACUCUCCCUUCAAGGUGUACAUCUCCCCAGCGGUGGGCGACGCGUACCUACUGGAGGUAGCCCAGUUCCCAGACUCGGCUCAGGUGGACAAGCCAGCCCAGUUCUACAUCAGGUUCAACGGGGCUAAGGGAGAGCUGGACGCGAGGGUGAUCUCCCCUUCAGGCAAGACCGACGACUGCUUCAUCCAGAACAUCGACGGAGACCAGUACUCCAUCAGGUUCAUGCCGAGGGAGAACGGGGUCCACAAUAUCAACGUCAAGUUCAACGGGGUGCAUAUCCCCGCAUCUCCUCUUAGGAUCAAGGUGGGAAAAGAUGACGCCGAUCCAGCGGCAGUCCACGCCCACGGCCCAGGGUUGGGCUCAGUGAAGACUGGAGUGAAGACGGACCUCAUCAUCGACACCUGCAACGCUGGCGCCGGCAUCCUGGCCGUCACCAUGGACGGACCCUCAAGGGUCGCCAUGGACUGCACGGAGGUUGAAGAGGGCUACAAGGUUCGAUACACGCCUCUGGCCCCUGGCUUCUACUACUUGAGCAUCAAGUACAGCGGAGCCCAUAUCGUUGGUUCUCCCUUCAAGAUUGAGGCUACUGGUGGAAACCUCGCCGAAGUCGGUGCGCAGGAGACAUCCUCAGUCACAGUGGAGACGGUCCAGAAGGUCUCCAAGUCCGGCCAGAAGCAGGGUCCCGUGCUGCCUCACUUCAAGUCCGACGCUUCCAAGGUCACCUCCAAGGGCAUGGGGCUGAAGAAGGCGUAUCUGAACAAGCACAACCAGUUCACGGUGCAUUGUGGUGAUGCAGGCAACAACAUCCUCUACGUCGGCAUCUACGGCCCUAAAGGCCCCUGCGACGAGGUCCAGCUCAAGCACAAAGGCAAGAACAACUACGAGUGCUGGUACGUCGUCAGGGACAGGGGAGACUACAUCGUCAUCGUCAAGUGGGGGGAUGAUCACAUCCCCGGAUCCCCCUACAAGGUUGAGGUUUAAGGCGUGAAGGGUUGAAUUUGACACACUGGAUGUGUUCUGCGUUCUUUACUUGUACUCGCACUGUCAGAUCGCA